AAAAAAGGCCACUACCACGACGCUUGAUUGCCCUGAAUUGAUUGAUUGAUUGAUUUAUUGGGUUUGGCUUCUUUCUUUUCUUCCAUUCGAUUCAGGUAUAUAGAAGAACGACGAAGGCUUUUCCGGGGAGAACACGUUAACGUUCUUAUCCGUCUCUUUGUCUACAAAUAUUAUAUUAUUUCCAUUUUUUGCUUGCUCUAAAGCGGCCAUGGCCGAGCUGGCCCAGGCCGAUGUUUAUGCGCCGAGGCCACUGCAAGUAUGGAGGACUCUGUUGAACUGGUUGGCCUUCUUCUUUCAAAUCUUCCUCCAGAUCCUCAGGGGAACACCUUCAAUGGCGCAGGUUCUGUCUUUUAUUGGCCUUCGACAUCCCUUACUCGCUUCUUCAUCCUCGUCCUCUUCUGCCUCAUUCAAGCCCUUGCCUGUCGUUGAACUUCCCCAUCAAGAUUUGCCUUCCGUCCCUUCGCACAUUACCAGCUAUGACGAUAGCGACCUUGAUCAGCGGAUCGAGAAGCUCACAGUGGUCCUUGACUUGGAUGAAACCCUGGUAUGUGCAUAUGAGACAUUUAGCUUGCCUGCAAUAGUCCGUAAUCAAGCAAUAGAAGCUGGGCUGAAGUGGUUUGAGCUGGAAUGUGUAUCAUCAGAUAAGGAAUCUGAUGGAAAACCCAAGGUCAAUCAUGUCACAGUGUUUGAACGUCCAGGUUUGCGAGAAUUCUUGAAGCAGACAAGUGAAUUUGCGGAUCUUGUGCUGUUCACUGCUGGUCUUGAAGGUUAUGCUAGACCACUUGUUGACAGAAUAGAUGUUGAAAAGCGAUUUAGCCUUCGUCUUUAUCGGCCUUCAACAAUUAGCACAGAAUACCGGGAGCAUGUGAAGGAUCUUUCUUGCCUAUCAAAGGAUCUUUGCCGAAUUGUUAUUGUUGAUAAUAACCCAUUCAGCUUCUUGUUGCAACCACUUAAUGGAAUACCAUGCAUACCAUUUUCUGCAGGACAGCCCUAUGAUGAGCAGCUUUUGGAAGUCCUCCUUCCACUCCUUAAACACCUCUCCCUCCAGAAGGAUGUGAGGCCUGUACUUUAUGAAAGAUUCCACAUGCCUGAGUGGUUUCAAAAGCAUGGAAUCCCAACUUCUGAUUGGGUAUUGUAGGAAGAGUUGGAAGGAGAAUUGGCAAAUCUUGGAGGACAUGAAGUAUAUCUGUACAGGGCAGCGUGUCUACGUUUGGCCUGGCAACUUGUAUAUUAUCAUCAUGUAUACAGAUGCCAUUGGAGAAAACUACCACAUUUCUUUCUGUAGGCAUUUGCAAUGAAAGUCGCGUCAUAUUUUGCUGCAGUAUAUGGGGAAUUAUGUAUUUAGGGUGGAUCAACUCUAACUUUUGAAAUUUGAUUAUAUGUUUCCAUCUUUUGGGCAUAAGGAUUUUUUUUUUUUUUUUUUAAGUUUUAUAAGAUUCAUUGAAGUGGCAGCCAACCAGUAAAUCGAACAUCUUAUUUCU